AAAAAGAUAGACAGUUUUUCAGUUUUAAUACCAUGGAAUAAUUACUUUAACAAAUCAACCUGAACCUAAAGUUCUUAACAUUAGAAUACGUUAGACAUUAGAGUACUUAUUUUAAAUAUCAACAGCAAGAAAAACAAAAAUGAUGACAAAAAUUCAUAAAAGGAAAUUAAAAAUUACUCAAAAGUCUCCAGACCUAAAGACUUUUUGUUUUAUAAAAGUGACACACAUAAAUUCAAUACUUUUGGGAUUAAAAAUAUAUCUUUGAGAUUAAAACUUCCAGUUUCCAGGCUAACCUGGAGCUCGCUAAAGUCAAAAGUAAAGUUUUUAUCAAAUGUUUCUUGAAAAGUUUUCUUCUUUGAUCAACUCUUUGUUUUUUUGUCCUUGGUGUUGUCGUCUCCUCAUCCCUUCAGUCUGAUUUUCCUUCCCUUCCCUGCAAAAUAUUUGCCUUUCCUUUGGGUUGUGUGUUUUCUUAAACUUCCAGCAGUAGUUGCUCAGUGAGCUCUGAUUGACAGCCAGCCUUGCACACUCUCAAACAUGCAUGUGUGUGUCUUGGCAUGAGUUUUAGCCCCCCCCUCAGACACUCGCAGGGGAGUGUAGCUGCACUCUUUGUGGGAGCUUUCGGGGGAAACGAAGCAUCCAAAAGUUGCGAAAGAGCUUUUUCCGUGGGUUUAUCUUUAAAGCCCAGACCCCUCGUGCACGAGCCCGCCGUGCACGCGGACUCACAGGGGUUGUGUGUUGACUUAAGAGUUAAUGAAUGGAUGAUUGAGGGGCUGCAGGGGUUGGGGAAAGCAGCGCUGUGGUAACAACCCCUCUUUUUCCCAGGAAGGGAACAUAUAAGUUGAGUUAAAGACAAAGAGAGGAGGGGGACAGAAAACCGGCGUCUAACAGACAUUCAAACAGUGUGUGCCCCCAGAGGGGCGAGCUACUUGAAGCGUUUGGAGCACCAAUAAAGCAAAUAGCAUGUACUUGACAAGGGCCCAAGGAGAAAGAGAGAAGCAGCUGUUGGAGGAGGAGAGUCAGACAAAGAAGGAGUAAGGGGCUGUCCUUACUUGCUCUUCGCUGGGAGGACUGUUAGUGGGAGGAGCAGGAGAAGGAGUAAGCAGUAUGUUCGGAAUGUAAAGAGAUCCGAUCUGAAGUUGGGGUUCGUGUCGUUCGCUUGCUUCCUUCGCCUCCGCCUGAGCUGAGGCACCAUGCUGCAGGGUUGGACCCCCCCCGGGCUCUGGGCUCUCCUGCUGUGGCUGCCGGGGCUCCUGGCGUCCGCCUCGGACUUCAAGCAUCACCGGUACGAGGAGAUGGUGCGGGCGCUGUUCGCCGUGCAGAACCAGUGUCCUUACAUCACCCGCAUCUACAGCAUCGGGCAGAGCGUGGAGGGGCGCCACCUCUACGUGCUGGAGUUCAGCGACAACCCGGGCAUCCAUGAAGCACUGGAGCCCGAGUUCAAGUACGUGGGCAACAUGCACGGCAACGAGGUGCUGGGCCGCGAGCUCCUCAUCAAGCUCUCCCAGUUCCUGUGCGAGGAGUAUCAGGCGAGGAACCAGCGGAUCACCAGGCUGAUCCACGACACACGCAUCCACAUCCUGCCCUCCAUGAAUCCUGACGGCUAUGAAGUGGCCGCCAGACAGGGUCCGGAGUUCAAUGGCUAUCUGGUAGGUCGAGGGAAUGCCAGAGAAGUUGAUCUGAACCGGAACUUUCCAGACCUCAAUGCACUCAUGUACUACUAUGAGAAAAACAAUGGACGAAACCACCACCUGCCUCUGCCAGACAACUGGGAGCAGCAGGUUGAGCCAGAGACAUUAGCAGUCAUUAAGUGGAUGCAAAGUUACAACUUCGUCCUAUCGGCCAACCUCCACGGCGGAGCUGUAGUGGCCAAUUACCCGUUCGACAAAUCCAGAUACCCUCGCAUCAGAGGACGCACGAUGAACGCCGACACUCCUGAUGACAAGCUCUUCCGGAAGUUGGCGAGGACCUACUCGUACGCUCACAGCUGGAUGCACAAGGGCUGGAACUGUGGAGACUUUUUUGAUGAGGGCAUCACCAACGGGGCGAGCUGGUACUCUCUGUCCAAAGGCAUGCAGGACUUUAACUACCUGUACAGCAACUGCUUUGAGAUCACUCUGGAGCUGAGCUGCAAUAAAUUCCCUCCUGAAUCUACCCUUCCCAGAGAAUGGCUGGCCAACAGAGAAGCCCUGGUUUCAUAUAUUGAGCAGGUGCAUCAUGGGAUUAAAGGCAUGGUGUAUGAUGAAAACAACAACCCAAUCCGCAAAGCUGAGAUCUCAGUGGCUGGAAUCAACCAUGAUGUGACCAGUGGAGUGGACGGCGACUAUUUCAGACUUUUGUUACCCGGCACCUACACAGUGACGGCUUCUGCACCGGGUUACCUCCCCUCCACCAGCACCGUCACAGUGGGACCAGCUGAGGCCAUUCAGCUUCAUUUUUACUUGAAAAAGGCCAAGAAGCAAAACUUGAAACAGAAGCCCCACAAAAGCAAGAGGAACCUCUCGUCCCACAAAACGUCUCUGAAGCUCAGCCCCAGAUGAGACACAGACUCUAAACUCCAAAACACACUCAUAGUCUCAUAUAAAACAUAUACUUUAUACCAGCUUCACUUGAACAUGAUAAUGACAUUCCUUUGUAGCUUUUAGGAUAAUGUUCAUCAAGCUUUCAUGGUUUGUGCUGAUGACCGUGAACGGUGUGUCUUUAUUAAGAAAUUGUUGCAAGCUCGUUGUAUUUAUGCAUCAUAUUUGGCUUUGUAUGACCUCGGCUGACCUGUAUGUUACUUUCUUUUUCACUGUAAUAAGUUGAUGAACAAUAAAAGAAUGUUUUUGCCACCA